UUAAACGCAGGACAUUCUAGUUGCACUACUCUCAUAUCACCGCAGUCCACUGGAGCCUCAGCCGAGGAGCAAUCUAUCUGCUGUAAGCUGAUCAGAGGGAGAAGCGUGGGGGAGAGCGAAGGUGAGAGGUCACAAGCAUGGCCUCAGCAGGGAUGCAGAUCUUUGCUUUCAUCUUGGCGCUGCUUGGCCUCUUCGGAGCCACAGUCUCCACCCUGCUUCCCAACUGGAAGGUGAGUGCUGACCUGGGUUUGAACAUCAUCACUGCCAUCUCCCAGAUGCAGGGGCUGUGGAUGGACUGCACCUGGUACAGCACAGGAAUGUUCAGCUGCACACUCAAAUACUCAGUGCUGUCCCUGCCUGCCUACCUACAGACCGCCCGCACCAGCAUGGUGCUGUCCUGCAUGCUGGCUGCCCUGGGGCUCUGCAUCGCCUCCCUGGGGUUAAAAUGCACGCGCUGGGGAGGAGGGGUGCAGGCCAAAAGACACAUAGCCAUUGCCGGGGGGGGCUUCCUUAUCGUGGCCGGAUUCCUUUGCCUUGUCCCAGCUUCUUGGUUCACCAACGAGGUCAUCGCCAGGUUUUUGGACUCAGCCGUGCCAGAGAGUAACAAGUACGAGCCAGGGGGAGCCGUGUACGUCGCGUUUGUGUCAGCAGGGUUGCUGUUUGUUGGGGGGGCCAUCAUCUGCACGUCUUGUACCGGGAAGCAGAGGGGACCACAGAAUUGUCCUGCAAACAACAAGCAGCAGUGCUGUUCAGCCUCACAGCCUGCAGACAAUAAGGCAGAAUACAGCCUGCAGGACUAUGUGUAAUUCCAGGCAACAGACAGCUGGUAUAAUAAGCACUGCCUGUUCUACGUUAGAAGAAAGAAAAAGAUGUGGGAGGAAGGCAGUCACUUGCUCUUCUCCUCGAUGUUCAAUUCACAUCCAUUUUAUUUAUUCUAAAAGCAACGGUUUGUAACAAAUCAGAAGAGCCUUUAUUCUUUUAGUAACUGGCAAGUGCUUCAAUACAAAUGAACUUACAAAUACCUUGUAUUUUUAUGGUACUGCAAUUGCUGUUUAUUAUUUCAUCAACCCGGAUUAUAUAAAACUCUUAACUCAUUGUGUCAAACAAAUUUCAAACUUCUGAUGCAGUUUGUGAAACAAGGACCUCAUCUGGCUCUCACAGCCUUUGAAUUUGAAAGCAUCCAACCAAAAAACCAAACAGCACAAUAGGUUGUGCAAUCCUGUUUCUUUAAUGCAAACAAGCUCUACCCUGACAUUGUGCGCUGCUCAUGUAUUCGACACACAGCCGCCUGUGCUUUUCACUGCCAUGGUUACAGGACUCUUAUGGACUUCUGAACCCUGUAUCGCUGUCGGAGGACCGCUGUUGGCCUCUUCACUGCUCCCAUUAAUAGACAACAUCUGCCAGUUUUACAAAAACGUCUAAAGAAAUCCCCGUCUGAAUGCAAACCCUUUGACAAAGUACACAUGGUACACCUGGGCCUCCUGUUCUGCCCUUUUUUAUCAAGACCAUUGCAGGCAUGUGGACAAAGUCAGUGUUGCUCGUAAUGCUUGAACCUUCUGAUAAUACUGGUCUCUGCUCACUUGUCUUUCCUUAUUCAAUAAUAAAUGUUUCGCUUUUAUAGACAAUAACCGUUCAAAACCUUUAAGAUGAUAUAAUAAUUAAGGUCGCAGGUUCACGCAGGAAGUCACAGGGAUGAAAAUUCAACCUUUCGUUUGUUUGUUUGUUUAAUACAAUAUACCUACAUAAUUUCAUU